AAAGGAAAAAGCAAUUUGGACUACUGAAGAUGUGAACAUAUUUUGUAAGUUGUACAUUGAGGAAAUCGAAAAAGGCAACCGUCCCGCAAGCAACAAGAGAGAUGGAUGGGCAGUCAUAAUUAACAAGUUCGAAGAACUAAUGGGUAAAAAUUAUAACAAAAUUCAAAUGAAGAGCAAGUGGGAUAAUCUCAAGGAAGAAUGGAAAAGAUGGAAAACAUUGAUUUAUAGUGAAACAGGACUAGGAUGGGAUGACAAGAAGAAAACCAUUGCUGCGAUCGAUAAAUGGUGGAAUGAUAAAAUUAAGGAUGAUUAUAGGUUUAAGCCUUUUAGGAUGAAAGGCAUACAUCCCGAUUUUGAUAUGCUGUUAGCUAAAAUGUUCAGUAGUAUAGUUGCUACUAGAGGAAUCACAUGGAAUCCUGGACAAGGUUUACGUAUUGAGGAGGAUGUUGAUGCCACACAACCUAAUAUCGCUGAUGUUGAUGUAUCUGCUGAUGAGAUUUUGGAGUCUGAAGGUUGUGAAAAUGUUGUUGAACAAAAUGCAACUCAAACUCGUAAAAGAGUGAUGCGGACUUCAACGAGGCAAGCUCGGGGAAAGAAAGAGAAGAGAAUGACGCCACAACAACAGCUUGGAAACCAAAUUGAAAGGAUGGUUUCCGCUGUUGAAGGUAGGAGCAAUUCCACAUGUCAACCAGAUUACGAAUUUGGUCCUUACAAGGACCUCAUGCAAUUGGUGGAUUCCAUUCCCGAGAUUGUGCAAGAUGAAAAGUUAUACUUUUUCGCAAUAAAACAUUUCAAGGAAAAGAAAGACAAUUGGCAAGUCUUCAUGAGCUUGAACAGUGAUGCACUAAAAGUCAAGUAUCUCAAGUUUGAGAUGGAAGAGCUUAGUAAUAUCUAGGAUAUUGUAGCAUUUUAUUUGUACUCUUGACUAUUGCUAUUUUAUUUUGUUGUGAGAUUUUUAUUUGGUUUAUGUGUGAACCCAAUGUGUAUUGUUUGUUUUUAAUGUAAAAACU